GUGAACUGCAGCAGCGGAGAUAGCAUACAAACCGGACUACUACACACUCACUCGUUCUCUCGUUCACUCAGACAACUCAUCGCAGUCAGAGAGCCAGCAGAAGCAGCAGCAGCAGCAGCAGCCAGCUAGUUCGUGGAAAGCAGGAGACCAAUCAAAAAAACACUACAAAUUUCGUCGCCGAUAACGUAAAUUGGAAGAAAAAGAGUCACCUGAUCAAGUAGAAAGGAAACGAAAUGGCGGAUCAACUGACAGAGGAGCAGAUAGCAGAGUUUAAAGAGGCCUUCUCCCUCUUCGACAAAGACGGGGACGGCACCAUCACCACCAAAGAGUUGGGCACUGUCAUGCGCUCACUCGGACAAAACCCCACGGAAGCCGAACUUCAGGACAUGAUCAAUGAGGUUGACGCUGACGGAAACGGGACGAUUGACUUUCCCGAGUUUCUUACCAUGAUGGCGCGGAAGAUGAAAGACACGGAUAGCGAGGAAGAAAUUCGAGAAGCGUUCCGCGUCUUUGACAAGGAUGGCAACGGUUUCAUCUCCGCCGCCGAGCUUCGACAUGUAAUGACAAACCUCGGAGAAAAAUUGACUGAUGAAGAAGUCGACGAAAUGAUCCGGGAAGCAGACAUUGAUGGGGAUGGACAAGUCAAUUAUGAAGAAUUCGUAACGAUGAUGACAUCCAAGUGAGCAGAUGAAGACAGGGAACUAAGCACUACUACAAUCUAAUUCAACUACUAUUACAACAACAACAACUACAAUUGGAGAGCGAGCAUUAUUACUUUUACUUAAAUUGUUAAUUAGCCAGAGUCAUAAUUAUGAGGGAAGCAGGAGGAAAUGAAUGUUUAAAAAAAGUGAAGAUCUUCUUCAUAUGAAUAUAUAUCUAUAUACAUGUAUCUCUGUGUGUGGAUGCGUGUGCGUGUAUGUGUGUUGGGGGGCGGGGUGUGUUCCAAACACGAGGACGGGUGAUCGACCGACGCAUAAUAAUAUUUAUCUAUCAUAAUAAUAAUAAUAGUUAAUUCUCACCUCCUCUCCUCCGCUAUAAAUAUAUGAUUUAUUAAGGGUAAAACUUAUAAUAAUUACUUGUAACAGAGUAAUUGUAGGCUACAGGAAAACCCUACCUCUUCUAUCCAUAUAAUAGUAUAUAAUAUUAUGUUGUUCUGCUAUCGUCAAAUUGUAAAAAAAUUCUUCUUCUUUCUGGGGUAGGAGGAACUAUAUUAUACUUAUUGAUACUUGUCAUUCAGGUCACCCACCAACUGCUGUGUGGUGUGGUGGAUUCAAUAUUGAUUGUUGGACAAGUUUAUUAAAAUAAGCAAACACAGCACUGCGCAGGCAUUAUUAAUUAUUUAGUUAAUUAUUAUUGUUAACAAUUAAGCGUGGUCAGCUUUAAAAAAACUUCUUUUUCACCCAUUUUCCACUUUCUUUUAUCUAAAAAGCUUAUAAUACUGUUGCACACACACAACUAAAACGUACGUAUACACACACAACUAAAAUGUAUAAUGAAAUUGAUGAAUGUAUAGAAUGUUGUUGUAUUAUAUAUUCCCCGCAAAACAAGACCACACCCACUGUUUUAUUAAGUAAACUUGAUAUAUCAUUAAUAUCAAAUGAAAACAUAGUAUGUCUCUUUUUUUGAGUUGCAUGAGUUUCACAACACGUUUGUCGUUGUCUUUAUUAUAAUUAUUAUUAUUAUUGAUCAAUGUUAUUGUCAGUACUAAUUAUAGGCCAAUACUAUUCCGUCAUAUGUGUGUUAAUAAUUUCCACCGUCAAAUUGUUCUACAACUUGUCAUUGUUACGUACGUGCAUAUUGCGUGGUAUAUGUGUAAUGCAUGCUUAAUAUACCAAAUGUAUUUACAGACAUUAAUUGUACUACUUGUUGUUCUCGAUCGUUGUAGAAGUGAGCUGAGUUGGUUGGUUGGUGGGGGUGAGGAGCAGUUUCUCUGUGCUGACACUCUGAUUGGGAUGACAAUUUUGGCCACCCCCACCACUUCCUCACACUCACACCGCUACAACGAUUGCUAUUCCUCUCUCCUUCCGCGACUCGUGUUGAUUCAAUUCGUCGUGGUCGUCGCCAUCAGUUCAGCUCGCAUCGCGUGUCCACUCAAUAUUUUGUAGUAUUAUGGAUAGGACGACGGAUUUGAGUUGAUGUAAUUUUUCCGAGCACGCGCAUAGGAAUUUUUUGUUGGUCACGACCUGCAUGGCGGCGACACGAACGCAGAAAAAUUUCUGAAUGUUGCCCACUUACUUAUUACCUUCUAGAGAUACUCUAAUUAGUUACAUACAACAAUCUAAUAAUAAUAUUAUUGUAUGUAUUACAUAGGAUUUAAAGGUUACACAGUGUUUGAUACCUUACUCUACGUCUUUACGAUGAUAAAGUUAUAAAAUAUGUAUCCAUUAGGCAGAAUAACAGUUAAAAGUGGGGAAUAUUAUUCUGUUCUUGCCGUCGUCAUCGUCGUCGCAGCAUCUUUUUGAAAAGGGCACGAGCUGGUGGUGGUGGUGAAGAGAAGGUGGGAGGGAGAUGAUUAGGUGAAAACCAAGUUUGUUAAAAUUGUGAGUGAUUGAUCCAAGUCAAAAAUUGAUGAAAUUGAUUAUAUUAUUAGGCAAGUUGAAAUAUGGAUGUGGAGCUGCAAGUGCUCAAAUGUGAUUCCCGUCUUGUAAUAACAAAAAAAUAAUUGCAUAUACAUGCGGCAACUUAUUAAGAAGUUACAGAGGUCGUGUUGUUGUAAGAUGAUAUGGAUUAUUUACUCUGGGUGGACGAAUGGAUGUGUUAAUUAGCGUGUUGUUCUUAUUAAAAACUUUUUGUUCCGUUGCUGCUGCUCCACCCAUUAUUCCAUUAUUAAGAAAAUCCAACCAGGCGGCAAGAAUUUAGAGAUGGGGAGCAGAAGGGAAGAAAUUUAAGGUCAUGGUGGGUGGAGUUUAGGCUAAAAAAUGAGAAACAAUUCCAUUCAAAUGUUUGGUUAUUAUUAUUAUUAUUAAUUAUUAUUAUUGCUCCAUGUGGGUAACAAUUAUUAUCGUCGUCCUCUGAUGACGAUGGAUGGAUGGCAUGGCUUUGACUAAUAAAAAUUUGAAACCCAAAA